CAAUCUCCCUGCCGGGUGCCUUUCUUUUGCCUCCAGAAUCUCCCCAUCCUUCUUGUUUCCUCCCAAUAUUCUUCUUCUUCUUCUUAAUCUCCCUUCUCUUUCUAUUUCAGGUUAUUAUUCUUUAUAUUUCUGUUUCGGAGCCCCUUCACAUAGCGGUUUCCCAUUCCCUGCCUCCUCUUCUCCUUCAGGUGAAAUUUCGCCUUCAACCUUUCCACAACGGUCUUUCAAUUCCGGAAAAUGACGUUGAAACUUUCAUCCGAUUUUUAAUUCUCGGUUGUUGAAUAUGCUGAAUUUUUGGAGCAGUCUUGGUUUGCAGAGGGUGCAAGGGCCGGACGUGAACAAUGAAGGGGGCCACCACACCACGCCUUAUUUAAUAGAGCUACACUCUCUUCACAUGUUCUUUCUCCUCACCCAUUGAAUUCUCUGAAAAAGAAAAAAGAAAAAGAAAAUGACCCUUACCUUAACGUCGGAGAGAUGGCCUUCAAACUGAGUAGUGUCUUUUGACGAGCCAAAGUCUACGGCGACUCUGGCACAAGUUUUUUAUUUAAUAUUAUUUUCAUGUGUGCUUUAGAUCUUUUAAUUUGUUUUUGUGUUGCGGGAUUUAUUGCAGCUUAGUUACAUGCUUGUGUAGUUAGUUGCAGUGUCAUGUCAACCAGGAAAUUUAACGAAGGAAAUUUUCUUCUUAAUGAUUUCUAUAUUUAUUUAUACGUACUCCUGUGUGAAGGUCGUGCGUUGGAUCUGCAAUUGACAGCCUGACAGCUCCUUUUUCUUCAUUCCAAGCUUAGUUGGAGAACUAGAACGCUACAAAUCGUAUUCCUUUUUUUAAUCCAAGCUCCACGUUCGGAGUUGACAAAACCGUCUUCGCCCUUGGGAAAAGAUCAGCAUAACGGACAAUGAAAUAUUCCAUCCGAUCCUAUUGGCCUAAGCGCUACCUGAAUUUUGACCAAGAUGCAGUAUAAGGAGUUGUUCAUCCUCUCCAUCCACCAGAAGAUCCAGUCCAAUAAUAUCGCAUCCUAUCACAAAUGCGAUAUAUGACAAGCUUUAAGGAAAUUUGUUCUUGAUGGACUGCUCACCCAGCAGCAGUGACAAGAAAACAUUGAAGCGGUGGUUUUUCAUAGACAAGAGAGUUGGGUAAACAAGUCAAGCUCAAGUUGCAUAAGGAAAAGCAACGUAACAGUGUAUUUCGCAAUUAACAGACUGCUGAUUAUAUCAUAUAGACAACCAAUUCUUGCCGGUCUUGAUUGAUAAACCCCCAAUGGACUUGAAGUCGUCUCCUGUAUCUCCUGUCCUAACUGACCCUGUUCCUGUUAACAAGUCAAGACUGGGAAUCCAUUCUAGUGCAUUGAUUUACUCCCAGCAGGAUCCACCAGUACCCCCUACUACUCCCGGCAAGUAUGCGAGAACCAGUUCGAGAAAAAGUGUUGCCAAUCUUGAUGAUGUCCGCUCCAAUGGAUGGCUAGACGCCAUGAAGGCCUCCUCGCCCCCGAGAAAGAAGCUAGUUAAGGGUUCUAAUAACACUCAGGUCACUUAUUUUGACUCCGACGAUGAGGACUAUCACUCCUGGAUGCGCCAUUAUCCAUCCGCACUGGACUCCUUUGACAACCUUGUUGACCGUGCAAAGGAUAAGAAAAUUGCAAUGUUUCUAGAUUAUGAUGGAACACUUUCCCCAAUAGUGGACGAUCCAGAUUCUGCCUUUAUGUCUGAAGCUAUGCGGGCAACGGUGAGAAGUGUGGCAAAGUACUUUCCCACGGCAAUCAUUAGUGGAAGAAGUCGUGAUAAGGUUUUUGAUUUAGUAAAAUUAACGGAACUCUACUAUGCUGGGAGUCAUGGGAUGGAUAUCAUUGGCCCCGUCUGUGAAACCCUGUCCAUUAACAAUCCAGAUUGUCUGAAAUCUACGGACCCUCAGGGAAAGGAAAUAACUCUGUUUCAACCCGCAAAAGAAUUCCUGCCUAUGAUCGACGAGGUUUUUGGAACCCUCGUCGAGAUAACUAGAGAUAUCAAAGGCGCAAAGGUUGAAAACCACAAGUUUUGCGUCUCUGUACAUUAUCGUAAUGUAGAUGAGAAUGUGAGGAUUCGACAGCUCUUAUGUAAUUGGAUAACUGUUGGACAACUUGUCCAUGACAUGUUAAAAAACUACCCACGUUUACGUUCAACCCACGGACGCAAGGUUUUAGAGAUUCGUCCGGUGAUUGAUUGGAACAAAGGGAAAGCAGUUGAGUUCAUACUUGAGUCUCUAGGGUUAAGUGACAAGGAUGACGUGAUAGCCAUCUACAUUGGAGAUGAUAGGACGGACGAAGAUGCAUUCAAGGUGUUGCGGGAGAGCAAGAGUGGAUGCGGCAUUCUGGUAUCGUCGGUGAGGAAAGAGAGCGAUGCCUUUUACUCUCUGAGGGACCCAUCGGAGGUGAUGAAAUUUCUGCAGCUGCUGGUGAACUGGAAGAGACAACAAUACGAAGACCAGAAGCAAUCCCUAUCCCUUGGCAUUUGGUUUUGAACUUCCAAUACCGCUGCCUCACCCAUCAAUUGAUCAUCAUUAUUUCUUGCACCUAAUGUUCUUAUAUUAUUAUUCCCCCAAGCUUCUGGGUUUAUUACAUUGUGGAUAUUAAUUUUCUAUUUUGUUCCCUUUUUAUUCCCCCCGGUAAUCCCUAGAGAUCUGUGGAUGUUUUGGGCCAGGCCCGCGACCCAUAGACAUUUUGUGGAGUCCGAAGCGAAGGGGGAAAAAAUGCGCAGCGCAUCAUGUUAAUAAUGAAAUAAAAUGAGCGCAAUCCUUUAUUUUCUUA